AGAGAGAAAACGGAAUCACAAAAGAUGUUCUCUUGACAGCCAAUCUCAAUCCCAAUUCACUUUUGCUUUUCAGUUUCCAUUUCUUUCGGUUUUUUUUUCUUCUUCGGGUGAGCUUUGAUUCUCAGGCUCCAAACUUUCAGUUUCCCCUGCAUCUGUAUAUUGAUUCAUACGCUUGUUUUGGCUAGUUGCUUCUCACAAUUAUGAUGCAUGAUACAAUUUUCAAGUUUGAUUGAGGUAAUGAUGCAUGAUUCUCACAUUGUUGAUUGUUGAGUGGGAUAUUGCGAUUCAAGUUUGAUUGAGGUGUGAGAGAUCAGAAGUUGGAGGGUUUAUCCACCACAUCUGGGUUUAGAUGGCAAAAUUAUCACAUGCAGACUCGAGAAGAAUGUACUCUUGGUGGUGGGAUAGCCACAUUAGCCCCAAGAAUUCAAAAUGGCUUCAGGAGAAUCUCACAGAUAUGGAUGCAAAAGUGAAAGCAAUGAUCAAACUUAUUGAAGAAGAUGCUGAUUCUUUUGCAAGAAGAGCAGAAAUGUACUACAAGAAGCGUCCGGAGCUCAUGAAAUUGGUGGAGGAGUUGUAUCGAGCUUAUCGUGCAUUGGCUGAAAGAUAUGAUCACGCGACUGGGGUGAUCCGCCAGGCCCAAAAAACCAUGGCAGAAGCUUUUCCAAACCAAGUUCCAUUGAAUUUUAUUGAUGAUUCACCUGCAAGCAUUGCUUCUGGGACUGAUCCUCACACACCGGAUCAGCUGCAAAUGGCGUAUAGUUUUGAUGUGGGGAGGAAUGGGGCAUUUACAGAGGAUUUCGAUUCUGAUUCUGUAACGAAAGGGAAUGGAUUGAACCCGAAUCAAGAUCUGUUUGGAUGUGGAGGCCAUGGGGAAGAACAGAGUUUGCACAGCAAUGUGGGCAACACUCUUGAAGCAGUAGAGGCAUAUUCAGAUUUGGAAGAGGCAGGCGAAUCUGGCGAGCUGUCUGAGCUGAAAUCGCAAGGCUCUCGUGCCCAAGAACUCGGUGAGCAAGCAGGCAAAGCUGAAGCUGAAAUUCAAGCCUUGAAGGUGGCUAUAUCUAAGAUGGAAGCUGAAAAGGAAGCUAGUCUUCAGCAAUACAGCGAAUGCUUGGAUAGGAUUUCUGCUUUGGAGAAAGCCCUGUGUCGUGCCCGGGAGGAUAGUGCCGCACUUGGUGAAAGAGCUAAUAAAGCUGAACUCGAUGUGCAGUCUAUUGAGAUGAUAGCUAAACUGGAGAAUAAGUUACAAAAUGCAGAGGAAGAUGCCAUAAAGUUAAAUGAAAGAGUAAAAAGAGCUGAAACUGAGGUUGAACUUUUGAAGCAAUCUAUGCCCAAAUUGAGAGAGGAGAAGGAAGCUGCAGCUCUAAAGUACCAGAAAUGUUUGGAGACAAUCUCUAGUUUAGAGGGUAAGCUCUCUUCUGCUCAGGAAGAAACACAACUACUUAACGCACAAAUUGGUAAUGGAGGUGCGAAGUUGAAGGGAGCAGAAGAGCGGUGCCUCGUGUUAGAAACAUCUAAUCAGUCUCUCCACUCUGAGCUGGAAGCUUUGACAUUGAAGAUGGACAGCCAGAAUCAACAACUUACAGAGAAAAAUAAGGAUUUUGGGAGGUUGUGGGCAUGCGUACAAGAAGAGCGCUUGCGUUUUGUGGAGGUUGAAAUCGCUUUCCAAACGUUACAAGACGUGCAUGGGCAAGCUCAAGAAGAACUGAGAUCUCUAGCUUCAGAACUGCAGAAUCGGGUCCAACUCUUAAAGGAUCUGCAAACUGAUAACCAGAGAUUGAAUGAUGAAGUAAUGAAGCGACAAGAGGAGAACAAGAACCUCAUUGAACUCAAUUUAUCCUCAUCCAUGUCAAUAAGAAAUAUCCAAGAUGAGAUCUUGAGCUUGAGGGAAACAAAAGGGAGACUCGAGAAAGAGGUUGAGCUCCAAGUGGACCAAAGAAAUGCUCUUCAACAAGAAAUAUCCUGUCUGAGAGAAGGGAUGAAUGAUUUGAACAAGAAACAUCUAUCUAUCUUGGAGGAAGUGCAUGCGUUAGGCCUAGACCCAGAAUGCUUCGGAUCAUCUGUGAAGGAAUUGCAGGAUGAGAACUCCAACUUAAAAGAGACGUGCAAGAGAGAAAACGGUGAGAAAGAGGUUCUUUUGGAGAAGCUAAAGUUAUUUGAACAGCUUCUUGAGAAAAAUUCUAUUCUGGAGAAUUUCCUUUCGGAUACAAGUGCUGAGAUGGAAGCUGUUAGAGAGAAACUUAAGGCUUUGGAGUUCUCUUGCCAAUCCCUUUUGGUUGAAAAAUCAACUCUUCUUGAUGAAAGAGGAGCUUUAGUUGGUCAGCUGCAAUUGACAACUGAGAACCUGGAAAAGCUCUCGGCAAAAAACGCUUUUCUGGAGAAUUCCCUUUCUGAUGCACAUGAUGAAGUCCAAAGCUUGAAGGUAAAAUCAAAAGGCUUAGAAGAUUCGUACCGGAUACUAAUGAAUCAGAAAGAGGAUCUUUCAGGUAAAAUGGAAAGUUUAAUUGCUGAGUUGCAAACCACCCAGUUAAGGCUGCACAACCUGGAGAAAAGUUAUGCGGACAUUGAAGACCAAACAUAUCUUCAUGGUAGAAUUGAAAGUAUUAAAGAAUCUCUCUGCAAAACCGAGGAAGAAAAUCAGCAAUUGGCUGUUCAGAUUUUGGUUCUUGUCACUUUGCUAGAGAAGCUAAAACUAGAGGCAGAGAAUCUCCAUACAGAAAAGAGCAUUAUUCACCAGGAGCUCAGGAUUAGAUCUCAUCAGUUUUCCAUCUUGCAUAGUGAAGCUGUUGAACUGCGAGAAAUGAAUGAAGAAAUGAAAGCAAAACUAAUGGAAAAAGAGAGUAAGGAGAACUUAUUGGAACUUCAGAUAGAGAAUCUGAGCAGCAAAUUGAUGACUCUGCAAGUAGCUUAUGAUGCCUUAGAGAGAGAGCAUUUGAAACUUCACGAGGACAAGAGAUCCUUGAGUGACGAGUUUUCUUUCUGGGAAGAAAAAAGACAUAUCUCAGAACAGGAGAACUAUGUUAUCUGUGGUGAAUUAUUAUCACUUGAUACCCUCUCUUUGGUGUUCAAGAACUACAUGAAAGAAAACUCUUUGCAAAUAAAGACACUCAUUUCAGAUGUUAACAAGCUACACGAAGUCCAUGGUGAAACCACAGAAAAGCUGAGCUCAAUUAAGAGGGUGUUGGAAAAGGUAAAGAUUGAAAAUCUCAGCCUGAUAAAGACAUUGCAGAAGGUAGAAGAUGAGUUGAAUACUGCAAGGAUUGUCAAUGAUCAAUUAAAUCAUGAUAUUGAAAUUGGAAAGAAUUUAUUGUUUGAGAAUGAGCUGAAACUUCAGGAAAUAAGGAAGAAGCUCAGCCUCACAGAAAACGAGAGAUUGGAAUUAUAUGAAAGUUUGGAGAUUCUGAGAAGAGAACACAAUGAUGCUAAACGGACUACAGUUCUCCAAGAACAGCAGAUUGAAGCAUUGUCUGCAGAAUGUGAACAUUUGAGCACAGAGAAUGGAAAUCUUCGUGAAGCAAAACUCUUUUUGGACAAUGAGCUUCACCACUUAUGUGAAGAGAAUGGGAAUACUAAAAAGCAAAAGGAAGCAUUGCAUUCUGAACUCCUGAAGCAAACUAAUGAGAUCCACAGAUUGGAAUCAGAAAUGGAGAAGCUUUUCAGGGAAUUGUAUAUGUACAUGUGUUAUUACGUUUUAUAUGAGCAAAAAGUUUCUGAGCUCAUGGCUAGGCAUGAGAGAUUUGAAGCUGAAAGCACCUCCAAUGAUUUCAAACUUUUAAGAGAAAGGUUAAGCAUUCUGGAUGUUGAAAGCAACACUCAUAAAACUCAACUGGCUGCGUGUUGCGCUGCUAUUGUUUCUUUGAGCAAAUGCAUAUCAUCCCUGGAGAAACACAUACCUGGAAAACUUCAAGAACCUGAUAAUGAGGCUAAUUUAGUUGCAAACUUUCAUUUUGGAAACAAUCCAAGAGAAAAUGAAAGUUCCAUCUCAACAGAUGUAGUUUCAGACCUACAAGGUUUGGAAGCACGGGUUGAAGCUAUUAAGAAGGCUUUAAUUGAAAUGAAGCAGCUUGAGGAGGAAAAGAAUGUGAGAAUGCAUUCCAAGCUGCAGGUUGCAAAGAAACAGAUAGAAGAGUUAAAAUCUAAAAACCAUGACCAUAGGAAAAACUCUAAGCUUGCAUUUGGAGUCCUGGAGACAGAAAAUGGGAUGUUGACAAAAGAUAUUAUGCUCGACCAGAUAUCUGAUUGGUCACCUUAUAGUACUGGCAAACGAGAAUCGGUUGAAGCUGAUAACCAUACACUUGAAGUAUGGGACACUGCUGAUUGGAAUACAAGCAUCGGUCUUACUGUUUGCAAGGCUAGGCUUGCAAUUGCAGAUCCUCCAAUCACUGGGAAGAAUAGUAAUUCCCGUCGCAAAUCAGUGAGGAAACUGAAAAGUGAUCGUCUUGGUUCAGAUGAGGAGUUGGGAGUGGACAAAUUGGAGGUCUCCAAAAGAUCAAUGGAUCUUCAAGAGAGGAACAGGAGAAAAGUCUUAGAAAGGCUUAGUUCUGAUGUUCAGAAGCUGAUGAACCUUCAAAUUACGGUACAGGACUUGAAGAGUAAACUUGAGAGUACUGAGAAGAGCAGAAGAGGGAAAACAGUUGUUGAAUGUGAAACUCUGAAGGGGCAAUUGAAUGAUGCCAUGGGUGCUAUGAAUAAGUUAAUUGAUCUGAGUGGGAAACUAAUGAAAAACCUUGAAGGUGGGUCCUCAUCAUCUGCAGUGGAGUUAGAGGAGAAUCAAAGUGUUGGCAGGAGGAGAAUCUCAGAACAGGCUCGAAGAGUAUCUGAGAAAAUUGGCGUUUUACAGGUAGAAGUGCAGAAGGUGCAGUUUGCUUUGCUGAAACUUGAUGAUGAAAGAGAUUGCACAGGCAAAACAGGAAUGUCUGAAGAAAAAAGAAGAGUUUUGUUGCGAGAUUAUCUGUAUGGGGUUAGAACAAGAGAGAGGAGAAAGAAAGCAAGAUGCUGUGCUUGUUGUGUCCAGCCUGCAACUCAAGGAGAUUGAUACAUCCCUACUCAGCUACUACUCAAAUACCAUAUACAGACCAACUUAGUGUGUAGGAUUAAUUUCUUUUUGUGUGUAUGUAUUAUAUUCAUAUACUCUUUACAGAUUUACCAAAAUGAAUUGUUUAUCUUCUCCCC